CACCAAGAUGGUGGAUACCCACACAAGUUGUGUUGUUAACUUGUGGUGUUUUCUAUUCUUCAGUUUUAACUUCUCCAAUUCACAAUUUCUCAUGAUGUCAAAACUUAUGUUCAGUUACAUGAACUCACCAACAAUAUUCAUCACAGGUUGUAGUUGUAAGAACAUAAACGCCCAGAGUUUAUCUUGGCAUUCACCUAGAUUAGGUUGGUAUGCUCAUGUCUCAAGCAUAUGCCUCAUCACAUUGCAUGCGAAUGCGAUAUUUAAAAUCCUCCGUCAACUAACAGGAUAACGCUACGACAUAACUAUUUUGAAUGUUUGCAUACCUCGCGGCCUUAUACUACCAGACAUAUACACACAAACACAAUUAUCGAAUAUGCAUUGGGCAGCUCUUUUGAUAUAACCACAUUUUGACGAAGUCUAGAUUCAGCACUAUCUUGGUUGUUCCAACAUAACCCCAGCAUCAUCACUCGCUAUCAUCAUCACCAUCAUCAUCCAUCACGCAACCAGUCCACCCAUGCCACAAAGCCGGAUAUAAAUAGAACAAAAGGAUUUAUUUCCACUGCUCCAACCAACCACACUCGUGAUCGUACCUAGCGAGGCGCUACUUAGUCAUUCAUCGUAUAGGGAACUAAGAAACGUCUAGGUUGGGUACCUAUAGUAUUAGUACCUAUCUAGAUUCUAGAUACCUAAGUCAUAAGCAUGGCUAACAAUGAAGCUUUUUGCCUUUUCGUUAUCUGCGGCUCUGAAAUCCCAACGAAACGAAUCUACCCCUCAUUUAUCUAACCAUCCCCCCCCUUUCUCUAACAGUUAAGGAAAAGAAUAUCCCGCAGUACUCACUCACCAAGUGGGACUGUCCACGCCAUCCUCCUUCGGCACACCAUCCCGCGGUGGAGGAGGACCGUGGUACCGGAAGGGAAC